AUGGUUCUCCCUCAACGUACGGCAUCGAUCUCGCGAGUUACCAACGAGACCAAAAUCCAAGUAUCUCUCUCUUUAGACGGCGGCAUUCUCCUUCCCUACGAACCCACUGAACAUUUCCCUGUGCCUGAAGACCCCAAGGAGGCCGAGGCCGCAAAACAUGGAAUCGUUUCCCCCAAGGAUGCGGGGCAUGCGACCCAGUUCACCGCGACGCAACAGAUCACCGUGAGCACGGGAAUUGGGUUUCUGGACCAUAUGCUGCAUGCGCUGGCGAAACAUUCCGGCAUGAGUCUGGCCAUCCGAGCCAAGGGGGAUCUAUAUAUCGAUGAUCACCACACCACCGAAGAUACUUUCCUUGCCCUCGGGGAGGCCUUCACAAAGGCCCUGGGGGCCCGACAAUCUCUUGCCCGGUUUGGUCGCGGGGAUGCGCCGCUCGAUGAGGCCCUGUCGUGGGCGGUGAUCGAUCUUUCGAGCCGUCCCUGGGCGGUGAUCAAUCUAGGCUUCCGUCGGGAGAAGAUCGGAGACCUCAGUACGGAGAUGAUCACUCAUGGACUGCAGAGUUUCGCACAGGCUGCCGGAGUCACUCUUCAUGUCGGCUGCACCUACGGAGAUAAUGACCACCAUCGUGCCGAGAGUGCCUUCAAGGCUUUGGCGGUGGCCAUUCGCAUGGCCUGUACCAGAAAAGUAGCCGGGGAGAUUGGAGCGGGGGAUGUUGUCAGUACCAAAGGAGUGUUGUAA